AUGGUUCCAGUUCAGGAACGGAGAACUGUUUUUAUGAUUCAAAAGCUAGUGCCAAUUGAAAAACCAAGUGAGGCAACGUAUAUUAAUAUUUCUAAAUUUCUUAAGAUCGAUAAGCCUAUAUAUAAUAGUUAUUGGGAAUUACUUCGUUUAAUGAUAACAGCUAAAUAUGAGAAGAGUGUUUCCAAAUAUCGCAAAAUAUCAGAAAAUGAAAAAAAUGAAAUUAUUAGAAGCGUAAUAGGUGAUACAGAAAAACGCAAGAUGAAUAGUCAUUUAUCUUACAACAGCAAAAAAAAUAAUAAUAAAGAAGUUACUAGAACUCCAAGUCCAGAAAAUCAUACAAGGUCGAUUACUGAUUCUGGUACAACUUCUGUCUCCCGCAUUCCAUUAACUACUCUUCAACAACCAAAUGCCAAUGAAGUUCAAGACAUCAGUUCAGAUUAUACCAAUAAAGCAUCAGAGACACCAAGUAAAAAGUUCCAAAAUUCUGGUUACAGUCACAUGUUACGUUCCAAAAUUCAUACUAAAACCCAAAGCAACAAUCCUGUUAAGAAAGCUACAGAAGCUAAAACCCGAAGUAAUGAUCUUGUUAAUGAGACUACAGAAGCUUCAAACAUUAAAAAUAAUGCUAAAAAGUGA